AUGUUGAUCAACAAAGACAUGGCCGCCACUGCCAUUGUGGCCGCAUCCGCCACAACACGUGGCAUUGGCUUCAAAGGAGACCUUCCCUGGAAUUUGCCAGGCGAUUUGAAACACUUUGCCAAAGUUACCAGGACAACAAGCUCCCAAGAAAACAAACAAAAUGCCGUCAUCAUGGGCCGCAAUACCUGGGAUUCCAUUCCACCCAAGUUUCGGCCACUGAAGGGACGAACCAAUGUCAUUUUGAGUUCGUCGCUCACCCAAGAGGAUGUCCCCCAAGAUGUUCUCAUUGCCAAUUCCCUGGCCAAUGCUUGGGAACAAUUGGCCUCUCUUGACAAUUUGGAUCAAAUCUUUGUCAUUGGUGGUGCUCGUGUCUACCAAGAAGCCAUGGAACACAAGUACGUCCACAAGCUCAUUUUGACCAGUGUCGAUACCCCCCAAGACAUGGAAUUCGAUACCUUUUUUCCAGAAUUCGAGUCUACCGCCAACUGGAACAAGGUGGAUGCGUCUGAAACGCACGAAGAAAAUGGUUUGACCUAUCAAUUCCAAACCUACACCAGACCCAAUCAACAAGAGGAGCAAUACCUCGAUUUGAUUCGCAAAAUCCUCAAGGAAGGCGUCGAAAAGGGAGACCGCACGGGAACGGGUACCAAGUCCCUGUUUGGGGCCCAAAUGCGAUUUGAUUUGCGCAAUGGGGAAUUGCCGUUGUUGACCACCAAAAAGACCUUUUGGAGGGGCGUGGCGGAAGAAUUGCUCUGGUUCAUUUCCGGUUCCACCAAUGCCAUGGAACUGCGAGACAAGAAGAUUCAUAUUUGGGAUGGCAAUGCCAGCAAGGAAUUCUUGGAACAACGUGGUUUGGGACACCGCGAGGAAGGUGAUUUGGGUCCCGUCUAUGGCUUUCAAUGGAGGCAUUUUGGGGCGGAAUACAAGGACAUGCACACGGACUACACCGGCAAGGGGGUGGACCAAUUGGCCGACUGCAUUGAUAAAAUCAAGAAUCAUCCAGAGGAUCGUCGGAUCCUCAUGAGCGCCUGGAAUCCAGCGGCUCUGGAUGAAAUGGCACUCCCACCCUGUCAUUUGCUCUGUCAAUUCUAUGUCGACACUCAAAAGAAUGAAGUUUCCUGUCACAUGUACCAACGGUCGGCCGACAUGGGAUUGGGAGUUCCCUUCAACAUUGCCUCCUACGCUUUUUUGACCCACUUGGUGGCACACGUGACGGGACGCAAGGCGGGAGACUUGGUCCACUCCUUGGGGGAUGCCCACGUCUACUUGAAUCAUAUGGAACCUCUGCAAGAACAAUUGGACCGCACACCAAGACCCUUUCCCAAGAUUUUCUUCAAUCCCGACAAGAAGGAUAUUGAUGAUUUCAAGUACGAGGAUAUCAAUGUGGUGGGAUACAACCCCAUGAAGGCAGUCUCCAUGAAAAUGGCUGUUUGA